GCGUGUUGUCCUGGGGGACGAGAACGACCAGGCGCCCGCAUUCUCACGGCGCCGCUACGGCGCCAGCGUGCGUGAGGACGCGGCGCUUGGCACGAGCGUUGCGCGCGUGCGGGCAAGCGACGGAGACCAGGGCAUGAAUGCACGGGUUCGCUAUGAGCUGGACCGUCGUCUCGGUGACCCUGGCGGGUUUUUCUCGGUUGACCCGCGCUCCGGCGUCGUCCGCCUGCGCCGCCGCCUCGAUUUCGAGUCCCAGCACCGGCACGAGCUGGUGGUGGUGGCACGCGAUGGGGGGGCGCCCCCCCUCAGCGCCGCCGCCUUCCUCUCGGUGCGCGUCGUCGACGUCAAUGAGCACCCCCCUCUCAUCAGCGCCAUCCUCUUCAGGUCGCCAUGGUGAUGAUGGUGGUGGAGGAGCAGGGGAGGGUGAUGGAGAUGAUGGUUCGUCUCCACGGGUCCUCGUCGGGGUCGUGAGCGAGGAUGCACCUCUGGGCCUCAUCGUCGCCCGUGUCUCCGUCCAUGACGCCGACCUCCCCGACCCCACUGCCCUCCCCGGCCCCCCCUCUUCUCCCGACCUCGUCGCCUGGCCCGGACCCCCACGGAACGAUGGUAAUGACAAUGACCACGAGGGAGAGAAGGAGGAAGAGGAGGAGGAUGAAGAGAGUGACGAGGCCAGCCGAGGGAACGGAGGAGAUGCUCAGCCAGCAUCACGCGACGACUCCCAAGAUGGCGGCGACGACUCGCAAGAUGGCGUCUGGGAUCCAAGCGGAGGAAAUGGCGGCGCCGGAGGUGGACGCCCAAGUCGCCCGCGCUCACCCAGGCUACCCACGACGCUCACGCUCUCGGGGGGCGAAGGCGUCUUCGAGCUCCUUCCCUCGGCCAGCGCCAUCACCGCUUCCUCCUCCUCCAUCUCCGACGCCGGCACCGCUCCAUCGCCCGCCCCGCACAGCGGCACUGGCGCGGCGGGGGGCACCGGCGGCUCGGGGGGCGUCUACCUCCUGCGUGUGAGCGGCGCCCUGGACCGCGAGGCGCGCGGGCGCUACCGCCUGACACUGCGCGCGCGCGACGGCGCGUGGCCCCCGCUCGAGUCGACGGCCGUGCUGGACGUCCUGGUGGACGACGUCAACGACAACGACCCUGUCUUCGUCCCCUCGUCGUCGUCCUCGGACGCCUUGGCCGACGUGCCCGAGAACGCUGCCCUGGGGACGUGGGUGGCGCGGGUGUCGGCGUCGGACAUGGACGCCGGAGAGAACGGGCGCGUGUGUUACGCCGUCGUAGGAGCGCGAGCGGCUGGAGGUGACGACGGCACUACCGCCGACGGAGACGGUCGAGCGUGGGAGUGUGCGCACACAUCGAUAUCUUCAUCAUUGUCCGACGUGGGGGGCUGGUUCUCGGUGGACCCUGCCACGGGGGUGCUGAGUGUGGCCGGGGCCCUGGACCACGAGCGUGCUCCCCGCGGGGUGCUCGUUACCGUCGCAGCGAGCGACGGGGGCGCCCAGCCCCGCGUCACCAAAGCGACCCUGCUCAUCAGCAUCGCCGACAGCAACGAGUGCCGCCCCGAGUUCCGUUUCCCCGGCGACCGGGAGUUAAACCUGAGCGUGGCGAGGUCAGAGGCCAUGGUCGGGAAGUGCCUCGGCAAGGUGGUGGCACUGGAUGGUGACGGCGGUGAGUUCGGAGAAGUCCGCUACUCGCUGGAGCCAGCCGGCGCCUCGGCCGUUGUCCCCCGUGUCGCCUCGUCGGAUGCCCCCGCCGCGUCCCCCUGGCUCUCCGUGGGGACUCGGAGCGGAGCACUGUGCGUGAGCCGCUCGCUCGGAGCCGACGUCUCGACGGAGACGUUCACUGUCCGCGCCACCGACAAGGGAGGCCUCUUCUCGGAGACUCGCGUCCGCGUGUCUCUGCUGGGGGAUGCGGCGGGGCCUUCCCGACCCCGCGGCGGCUCCCCCUCACCCGACGCUCCCCCUCGACGCGGCUCCCCGGGAUCCCCGGCUCCGGGGCCCCGGGUCACCUUCCCGAGGCCGCGUCUCUCGUUCUCGGUGCGCGAGGACGCGCCCGUGGGGACGCCCCUCGGCACUGUCACCGGCACCAGUGCCCACGCAGGCGUCAUGUACUGGGGCGCUGGUCCAUUCCUCUCCGUGCACCCGACCUCGGGGCUGCUCGUCACAGCCGCCCCCCUCGACCGGGAGUCGAACCCGCACAUCUCCGCUCGCGUGCGUGCCUCCUUCCUCGGCCCCCGAUCCCGACCUGGAUCGGCUCGGCCUGCUGGUGAAGAGGGCGAUAACGAGGACGACGAUAAUAACGAGGAGGAGGCGGUGGCGAGCGUAAGCGUCACAGUUCUCGACGUCAAUGACAACGCCCCGCGCUUCCCGAGUGACCGCGUGGACGUGCGGCUCGAGUCGCCCACUUUCGAUGUUCGAGGGGCGAGGAGUGGUGGUGGUGGUUCAGCGGUGGUGGUGUUGGUGGCGGUGGCACACGAUGAGGACGCGGGGAAGCAUGGCUCCGUGUGGUACUCGCUGCGCGGUGCUGACGGUCGCUUCCUGGUGGAGCCGCGGUCCGGGGUCAUCACCGUCGCCCCAUCCGCCCUGGCUCCUGGUGCACGAUUCGCAUUCGAGGUUGUGGCUCAGGACGGGGGUUCCCCUGCGCUGUCGUCCUCGCUGCACGUCACCGUCUCGGUGGAACCGGCGCCGCCGGAGUCGGCUCCCAUCCUCCCCUCGCUCUUCUUCCCGACCCCCGAGAUACGUGCCUCCGUGCCGGAAGGCGCCAUGCCCGGAACGCACGUGGUGACGCUCCGCGCGUUCACGCCUUUCCCACCGGCGCCCGCGACCGCGUCCGGAACCCAGACCACAACCGGGACUGGAAUCGAGAUCGGAACGGCGGGUGGAAUUGGAUCGGAUGUCGCGACCGGAUCUGUAUCCAGAUCUAACACAGGAACCAGAUUUGAAUCCGGGAGCAGAAGCGGAGCAGGUUUGCGGUUGGGCGCGGAAGCUCGGAGCUGGGGCGGCAACGGCACGAAGCGCGAGCAGUGGGAGGUGCACUAUAGCCUCUCCCCCGACGAUGCUGCUACCUCUUCCUCAUCGUCGUCAUCGCCAUCGUCGUGGUCCUGCUUCCGGGUGGACGCUCGCACUGGACGCGUGACGACGCGGUGCAGGCUCGACCGCGAGCAGUCUCCCACGCUCACCCUCACGUUGGUGGCACGGCUCGUCCCACUCAUCCCUGCAUCCCCGACAGUGUGGCCGCUCCUCUCCUCCUCCCCGCAUCGCCACCGACGGCGUCAUCGCGCCGGCGCGGAACCGGACAUCAUGGCGACCGCCCGCAUACUGGUGUCCAUCACGGAUGACAAUAACCACUCGCCCGUACCCGCAAGGGACGACUAUUUCUUCACUGUCCUUGAGAACGACUCAGGAGGUGACAGCACCGCUGGGGGGGAGCCGGGCUCCCUGGUGGGCAUGGUGAGCGCCAGCGACUCCGACUCCGGUCCCGGCGGCUGGGUCUCCUUCGCCGUCGAGCACGUCGAGUCCCCCGCAGCCUGUGGGCCGUCGCCAACCGGGGCCUACGUCUCCUUCCACGUCCACCCGACACGCGGAGAGGUGCGUGCCGUAGGUUUGCUGGAUCGCGAGGCAUGCCCGUGGCACCGCGUGACGCUGCGGGUCUCUGACGCCGGCGCUCCGCCACGCUCCGCCCUGUGCCGCGUCCACGUCGCCGUCGCCGACGCCAACGACAACGCCCCCCGCUUUCUUCGUUCGCAAUACCACGCGCAGGUGGAGACGGAAGUUCCCGUGGGCACCUUGGUGGCCACCCUCAUGGCUGAGGACCCUGACGAAGGACCCAAUGGCACAGUCGUCUACUCGCUGCCCGCCGGCGGCUUGGGGCUGCUGCUGAUGGAGCGCGACACGGGCCGGGUGCGCACGGCGCGCGCGCUCACGCGGAGCGACCCGCGCAGCGCGGUGCUGGCGGUGCGCGCCGGGGACCUGGGCAACCCCCCGCGGCACAGCGGGACGGUCCUGCACCUCACGAUCCUAGCGGUGGACGCCAUCCCCAGGACCAUUGGCGAUGAAGGUGAUGACAUCGAUGGCAGUGACGAUGAUAAUGAUGAGGAGGAUGUUCCCUCAUCCGUGAUACGCCUCACCGUUCCCCCUGGCACCCGCCCGGGUGCCAUCAUCGGCCGAGUGCCACCCCCCUCGCCCAGCACCGUGGCCACCACCGUGUUCCGCAUCAUCAGUCCUCGACAACGACUUCACGGCGACGAUGAGGAAGAAGAGGAGGGCGAGGAGGUGGAGGAUGACUCCCCCUUCUACGUGGAUGCCACCUCGGGCUCCGUGUUCCUGCGGCGUCCUGUCGCCCCCGACGAUGCUGGGUCGGCUGCGCUCCCCUUCGCGCUUGAUGUGGAAACCGUGACGAUGGGAGACGGUCGCCACGGGGACCCCGUGGUGCGACGAGUCCUUGUGCUCCUCACCGUCAGUCCCAGCGCUGGUGAGCGCCGUUCACCAUCGUCAUCAUCGCCUCCAUCCCUACCCCCUCGCUUCCGAAGCACCGGCCCGGUGGGCUGGGUUUGGGAAGACGCCGCUCCAGGGACGCCCGUUCUAAUUGCUGGACCCCCACUCAGCCGUGGCCUACGCUACAGCCUCGCCUAUCAGGCCCCAGCGGCCGCCUCUCUUACCGACCUCGGAUACCGGCGGCAGCGCCGGGGUUUGUCUGGCUCUGAAAUACAAACGUUUGUCCGUAACGAAACGGAACAGCGAAGCAAAGAGGAGAUGGGGCUGGGAAUCUUGCAGAAUGUGACCAUCAGAGGCCGUGUAACCGCCAUCCGACCCGUCAGGCAACGGCGUAGCUCCGGCCCAGUUUGGACACCAGCCGGUGGCAGUGGGAGUUCUGGCGGUGGGGGUGCUGGCACGGGCCCGUUCACAGUGGACGCCACCACGGGUGUGGUGCGCACGGCGGCUCCACUGGACCGCGAGGUGGCCGAGCGGUACCUGUUGGUCGUCACUGUCGUCCCGGACGGGGGCGUUGAGGCCAUGGGGACGCCGGUCGCCGUGGCCAACGUGUACGUCGGAGACGUCAACGAUGUCGCACCCAUCUUCGUGUGGCCACCUCCUCAGGAGCCGCCCAGUCACGUGAUCGUGUGGGAGGGAGAGCGGCCGGGUCGUGACCUCGUCACACUCAGAGGUCGUGACCCCGAUGGAGGCAUGGGCGGCCGUCUCCAGUUUUCCAUUGCCGGGGGCAACGAGGACGGAACUUUCUUCCUGCACCCAGAAACCGGUGUCCUGAGUCUGGCUCGCACCCCGGACCGUGAGACCCACGCCUCCUACCUCCUCCGUCUGACCAUUUCCGACUUUGGGGAUGGUCUCCACGGCGAUGGCAGUUCUCGCGGCGAUAGUUCCCGGGGCGACAGUUCCCGGGGUGACAGUCAGAGGAGGCUGGAGACGAGCACGACCCUCACUGUCACGGUGAUGGACGUGAACGACCAGGCCCCGCGGUUUCUGCCCCAGCAGGAGCGGGCCCUCGGAGAGUCACGAGGGUCCCAUCGCUCUGUGGAUGAUGGCGAUGUUGGCGAUGGUGAUGGAGCGACGGUGACAUACGAGUGCGCCGUGGAGGAGAAUGCGCCCGCUGGGACCGCGUGUGUGCACGUGACGGCGGUGGACGGCGAUGAAGGUGCCGGGGGAGAGGUGGUGUACACGUUGCUCGGCGGACUGGUGGACUUCAGCGUCAACGAGCGCACAGGACUCGUGUCCACACGGAGACCACUCGACCGCGAGAGCCAGCACGAGUACACGCUCACGGUCCGCGCCAGCGACCGAGGGACGCCCCCGUGCUGGUCCCUCGCCUCCGUCGUCGUCCGUGUCCUCGACCGUAACGACAACGCGCCGCUCUUUGCCGCGCCGCCCCACCUCGUCGCGCAGGCUCACGGCCAGCGCCACCUUGACGAUGUCGACGGCGAUGAUGCAGCUGCUGAGCAUGAUGAAGAAGAGGAGGAUGAUGUUGGUGGUGAUGAGGCAGGGUGGCGGGCGCGCGUGAGCGAAGACAGCCCCAUGGGAACACCUGUGAUCACGAUGGUAGCGACCGAUGCAGAUGCCGGAGAGAACGGGAUGGUGCGGUACCAUCUAGCGGACGGAUCCGGGUCCUCGCACUUCCACAUCGACCCUGUCACGGGGUCGCUCACCACGGCCGCUCCCCUCGACCGCGAGACCAAGCCACGCUACCGCCUCGUGGUGGAGGCCGUCGACUGCGGCCCCGGGCCACCACCCCAAUUUCUUGCCAGCGGCGGCGCCAGCAGCAGCAGCAGCCGCCUCCCGAAUGACGGCUGUGCUGGACUGCGCUCCACAAGCAUCGUGUUCGUUUCCGUCCUCGAUGUCAACGACAACUCGCCAGUGUUCGUGUUUGGCGACACCGUCCCCUCUGCACCGGGGUCACCGGGACCGGAGUCAGUGGAGCGGCAGCGGACUAAGGGACCCGAGUACCGCGCCAUUGUGCCUGAGGGCCUCGUCGCCGGCUCGCCGGUGCUGUGGGUCUCGGCCGCCGACGCAGACUCGGGGAUACGAGGCCGGGUCCGGUACCGACUCGUGGGAGGCACGAGGGGCGUCGCCGGGGUCACCGUGCCCCCCUUCGCUAUCGACCCCGAGUCGGGAAUCGUGUCCGUGGCCGUGCCGCGGCUCCGCGCACCGCCGGAGAGGAGUGGCAGUGAUGGCGGAGCGCCAGACGGUUCCGUCUCUUCCACUGACGUCCCUGAGCCUCACUACCGGCUGUGGGUGGAGGCGGUGGAUGGGGGGCGCCCCCCCCAAUCCUCCCGCGUCUCCGCCCUUGUGGCGCUAGUGCCGGGGAGCGGCCGCGCCCCGGAGUUCCGGCACGGGCCACUGGCGCCCACCCUGCCCGCCGGCCGCGCGGCCGUCAACGCCCUGGUGGCCACGGUGGUGGCACGGGACGAGGACGGCGGCGCCGGCGGAGCGCUGGCAUACCGCCUGGAAGCCGGGGACCCCCACAAAUUUUUCCGCAUCGACGCCAACACAGGAGAGCUGCUUGUGCGCCGCCCCCUCCAGGGUUUCGUCGGAGCGGAUCUGGCGGUGGCCGCGUGGGACCACGGCUCGCCGCCUCGCGCCGCGCGCACCGUCGUGUCCGUGCGCGUGGGCCAAGGCCCCCCCGCUGGGAGGCGCGCUCCCCCGGGGCCCCCCCUGCUCUCGUUCGUCCCCACGGCGUACGAGGCCACGCUGCCCGAGCACUCGCCCAGAGACACGCUGGUGUGCGUGGUGGAGGCCGCGUGGUCGGACGCGAUCACGCGCUUGCUCACGUUCUCCAUCCUCUACGGCAACGACGAUGGCGCCUUCUCCCUCAACGCCAACACCGGACGCCUGACCGUGCGGGACCCCGCGGCCCUCGACUUCGAGUCAAUCCCUCGUCGAGUCGUCAUUGUCACCGCCCGCGUCGUCCUCCCCAACGCCACCACUGCGGGCAUCGCCAGUGAUGCAGCCGCAGCUACAGAGGGCAAGGAGGGCGACAAGAUGGCCACUGUCGCUAUUGCCGCAGUGACGGUGACGCUGCGCGACGUCAACGACAACGCUCCACGCUUCCCGUGGCAACGCCUGGCGGCGACGGUGCGGGAGAAUGAGCCUGCGGGGACCGUCGUGACGCAGCUGGUGGCGUGGGAUGUGGACGGAGGUGCGGGGGGGCAGCUGGAGUUCGCGCUCGCCCCAGGGUCUCUGAGCUCUGGCUUCCGGCUCGACUCCCUCACCGGGAUCAUCACCACAACUGCCUCCCUCGAUCGCGAGGCCUCGCCCGUCCACCAGCUGGAGGUGUGGGCCGUGGACCGUGGGAGGCCGCGCCUCACCGGCUCCACCCUGGUGCGUGUCACUGUGGAGGACGUCAAUGACAACGCCCCCGUCGUCGCCGCCAGCCAGCACCUCGUCGUGUCUGAGAGUGUUCCAGUCGGCACUGAGAUCGGUCACAUCUUGGCAUCGGACCCCGACCUUUACCCUCGCCUCGAGUUCUCCGUCGUGGAGCGCACGAGCGUCUCCUCCUCCUCUUCCGUCAACGACGAAACGGACGAUGUCAACGACGCCACCGCCGUGGCUGCCUCCCUGCUCACGGUGGAGCGCCUGGGCGGGCGCAUGACGCUCGCGCGCCCCCUUGACUUCGAGCAGCGGCGCGAGCUGGCGCUGCGCGUGCGCGUGUCUGACGGUGCCCACCGCUCCGAUGCCACGAUCCUCAUCACGGUCGCCGACGACAACGACAACGCGCCCAGCUUCCUGCGGCCGCUCUACGAGGUGAGCGUGGAUGAGCGCACGCCUCCGCUCAUUAGCCUCAUCACGGUUGCUGCGAGUGACCGUGACGCAGGAGCCAAUGGGAGGCUCUCGUACCAGCUCGUACCAGGCAGCAGAGACGGUGACGGCAGCAGAGGAGGAUUCGGGAUUCACGCAAUGAAUGGCUCGGUGUUCCUGACGCGGCCUCUCCGCGUGGGGGGCGGCCCCCGCUGCUCACACUACGUGGUUGAGGCUCGCGACGCCGGCUCCCCUCCGCGGUCAGCAUCGGCCGCCCUCCUCGCGUGCGCGCGCGACGUGAACGCCCACGCGCCCGUCUUCUCGCGAGCCGCCUACGCCGCCUCCCUGCCCGCGGUGCCGGGGCCCCGCGUCCCUGUGCUCACCGUGACGGCCACGGACGCCGACGGGAGCCCCGGCGACGGCCGCGUGGACUUCACUCUGGAAGCCGGCGACCCCGAUGGCCUCUUCCGGCUGGAGCCCGUCGCGUGCGAGACGUACGUCGCGGACGCGGCGACCGGCGCUGUGGCGCACCGCGGCACCGCGCGGCUCGUGCUGCUGGACGCGCCGGUGCUGUCGGGGGAGAGGGAGGAGAAGGCGGCGGCAUCGCCGGAGAGGAGCUUCGAGCUCGUGGUGUCGGCCACGGACCGCGGAGACCCCCCGCUGAGCAGCACGGCCACCGUGGUGGUGACGGUGAUGGGGUUGGAAGAGGGGAAGCAGCAGCCGGUGUCGAGUUUGGAAUUCGUGGUGCCCGAGUACCGUGUAAGUCUGCCCGCCAGCGCCAUUGCCGGCGCUGAGGUCGCUCGAGUUCUGGCCAAGUUCCAGCGCGAUGACAGCUAUGGUGACGACAGUUAUAGCGGGGGUGGCUACAACGACAAAGGCGCGGCGGUCAUAGGUUACCAGAUCGUUGCCGGAAACCGGGACAAUCUCUUCACCGUCGAUCCCCGGACCGGUGCCAUCACCUUGCGCGCGCCACGGCUCAAUCGACCGCCGGGGUCGGAGGUCACGCUGGUGGUUGAAGCGGCGGCAGCACUAGGUGCUGUGGCCACACCGAGCCGGGCCCUUGUACCGGUGCACGUGGGGGUUUCUGGCAGCAAAGAUGGAGCCGACGAGAGAGACCUGGCGGCGUUCUUCUCCUCGGUGGAGCUGCUCAACGCCAGCGUGUCGGAGAAUGAGCCAGCCGGCACCCGCAUCCUCAACUUUCCCCGAUUUGGCAUUCUUUCCUUCCUCUACUCCGAGUCUCAUGCGAGCAGCGCCGGAGGUAAUGGUGGCAAAUCUACGGGAUCCGGUUUGGCCGGACGAGAUCGGGAUAUCCACGCGGUGUCACCAGCGCCACCGCGGCCACUGCCGCGACCGUCGUCAUCGACGUUUGCGUCGUCAUUUUGUGAAGGCGCCGGUAAUUUUGUGGUGGAGCCGCACACGGGCACCGUUCGGACAUCCCGGCCCCUCGACUACGAGGAGUGCCCGCGCUACCGCUUGUGCCUCACCGUAGCCCCGGUGGUGGCGGGUACCACCGCGGGGGCUGACGGUACCACUACUAGCAUCUCACGCGGCACCUUGGUUGGUGGCAGUGGUGGUGUGGGGAGUCUCGUCUCUGGUGCCGAUACCCCCGCGCGUGCCGUUGCGGCGGGUGCGGUCAUGGCGCCAAUGCGGUCAGUGGCGGUGCGCAGCUGGCCUGUGUGCGUGCACGUGCUGGUGCAAGGUGCCGACGAGUUUGCGCCGCACUUCGAGGGAGCGCCAUACCGCUUUGCGGUGCCGCGGGGCGCAGCGGCGGGUGACACGGUGGGGCGGGUGAGCGCCAGCGAUCGCGAUGCGGGCCCCGACAGUACGGUGCGAUACCGCCUCGCCCAGCGAUCGCCGUACUUCACCGUCAAUCGCUACACUGGUGACAUCAUGCUCAAGGUGGAGCCUCGGACCCAGCUCUCCUCGUCAUCCUCGUCCACCUCGUCUUCCUCAGCUGCCAUAUCAUCAGCAUUAAGAUCCUCAUCAUCGUCGUCGUUAUCAUCAUCAGCCGCUCAGCCAGCGGCUCUGAAAUUAAAAUCUUCAGAUGCCGCAUUGCUGAAAGUGUCGCUUGCUCAACGGCCGUCCAGUUCCGCCGAACGGGUCUCAUCAGCCUCUUCAUCAUCUUCGUCGUCAUCACUGAGUGAUCUGCACGGGGACGAGACUGCGCCCCCACCACGCUGGCUCACGCUGCACGUGGAGGCGCGGGGACCGCUCCGCGGGUCCCUCUCGGCCUCGACCGCGGUGCUCGUCGACGUUCGUCACACGGCAUUCGCUCUGGUGUUGCAUGGCGGCGGCGGCGGCGAUGCCGACAGCGGCACGCACCCGCCUCCCGGCGCCACCCUGACGCUGGCGCUCGCAGCCUCGGCCGCGCUGGCCGCGCUGCUGCUGCUCGUGCUCGUCACGGCAGCCCUCGUCUGCUGCUCGCGGCGCAGGAGGCGGCGCCGGCGGCAGGCGGGGGUGGCCGUCGGGCAAGACGGGCCCGGCGCCGAGAAGAACCUGAAGAGUUCGGGCGGUGGGAGAGACGGAGGCAGAGGAGGGCCAGACGAGGGGAUGAGGCUCAAGCCGACGCGGUUGGACGGGGAGGGGGGCGAGCGGUGCUCCGAUCUCCCGGCCAUCGCCAGAGAUGCUGAGAAGUUCCUGCCGGAAGAGAAGAUCCUCGCGUGCAGACGGGGGGAUGGUGGCGGUGACAGCGACAGUGACACGGCUAGAGACCGCGCGCGCCGUCCGUGCGUGUACUCGAUCACAGCGCCGUACCCGGACGAGGAGCCUCCCUGCUACUCCCCCGGCACCCGCGGGCCACGCGAGGCCCACGCCGGCUCCGCUCCCACCCACUCCCCGUCCAGCGCCACCGCCACCACCAUCACCGCCGCCGUGACAUCCUGCUGCUGCUGUCGGCACGGAGGCUCCGACACAGGUGGGGGAGGUGGGGGCGGCUGCCCCGAUUCUCGUGCCGGUUCCGGCUCCGGUUCAUGCUCCUGCUCCGGAUCCGGCUCGGCCUCGGGUCGAGGCUCGGCCGAAACCGACUUCGGCGUGGACGCCGAGAUCCGCAUGAUCAACGAGAUCCUGCGUGCCUCCGGCUUCUCCGGGAAAUCUGGUGGCCCCGACAGCUCCGGCAGCUGCUGCUGCGGUGCCGGCACAGGCGUUGGCGGCGGUGGCAGCGGCGUCGGUGGCGGUGGCUGCUGCCUCGCCCCCACCGGGUGCUGCGUCUCCGACUGCUGCCGCUGCCGAGGUGAAGCAGACGGUGACGUCGAUCGCCCGGACGCCUCCCAGCAGCACCGCCACCACCAUCACCACCAUCACCACGGUGGUGGUGGUGGCAGCGGAAGCAAUGCCGGUGGUCACCACCACCAUGGGCACCACCACCACCAUCAUCAGCAGCAGCAGCAGCACGCGUGCCGGCGCCUACCGGACUCAGGCAUCCUGCAGGACGAGGAUCAGCUGUCGGAUGUCUCCCGCACGUCGCGCGCCUCCCGCGACGGGAAAUCCGUGACCUCUGCUGUCACCGUGGAGGCCACGGCGUCAGACGCCGACAUGGAGCCCCGGACCCCGUCAGCGUCCACGCUGACCCGAACGUCGCUGGCAGCGACCACCGCGGGAGGCUCCCACGCGCCGGGCAGAGAGGGCAGCGGCCCCGGCCUGGCGCUCGCGACCGAUGGCGCUCGCCGCUUUAGCUCCUACUCGUCGGCGUCCACGCUGGCGGACGAGGCCGGCGGCACCGCCCCCCUCUCCCCCUCUUCGUCCUCCUCCUCGGCCACGGCGGCAGCGGCGGCGGGGUCGCCCCCGUCCACCGCAUCCUCGCUCCGGUCGGCCUUCACCUCCGCCGCGCUCACGCCCGUGCGCAAAUCCUCAGCCUUCUCCGAGAUCGGGCACCAGCCCCACCGGACGGCGGCCGUGGUGAACGAUGGCGUCGAGGAUGAUGCUCAGCAGCAGCAGCACCAGCAGCUGCACCUCCAGGGAGGGAAGCUCGGGCAGCUGCUGGACUUCGGCCCCCGGUUUGGCGCCAUGGCGAGCGUCUUUGCCGAGAUCGGGCGACUCCGCGACGAGAACGACCGCCCGUCCGAGGCACCGGCGGCUUUCGCCGUCGGCGGUGCCGGCGGCGUCGGCGCGGCUCGCCGGGCGGUCGCCGGGAUGCCGAGCGAGCGGAUAAGCCGCGAUUGCGCCAAGAUCCUGCCGCCCCCGCUCAUCACGAGCGUGGCGGCAUCCAGUGCCCGCUCGGUGCCACCGGCGCGCCCGCUGCCGUACCCGUACGCCCGCACGGCGCUGCUGCCCAUGCCACCUCUAGUCACGCCACCCGCGCUUGCCGGUGCGGCCGAUGAGGACGAAAACCCGUACGGUGGCGGUAGUUGCGGCGGCGGCCCUUACCCCGUGGCGACGCUGCUGCCGUCAUCAGUUCCGUCGGGCGCCAUGUCGCCGCUGCUUUCGCCGAGCCUCUCUCCGCUGGCGCCGCCCACGGGGGCGCCGGGCUCCGCGGCACUCGCUGGGGUCGUGCCCCCCUACCUCCUGCCGUGCUCAGCCGUCACGCCGCUCAUGAUCGUGACCGGUGGCAGCGGCAGCGGCGCCAGCGGCAGGGGGGCAGUCUCGACUCGAGGCUCUCUUGAUGACGAUGAUGAAGAUGAUGGGGAUGAUGGAAUGGAAAUUCGAAUUUGAGUGCUGGUGCAAAGAGGAGCAGAUGACGAUGGACGGGAGGAGGUGGCGUAGGAACCGGGGCAUCGAGACAAAACGGACACUGAGACGAGGAGAGACUCCACCAUUGAGCUGAGCCUGGUCGUCACCAGCGGCUGAGUUUGCCGGUUGAUGCUGGGCAGAUCGACGCCUCCACGCAGUGCGGGUGGGAGUCAAGACAGGGAGCACCUGGGUGUUUUUUUCUGUUUAAGUAGAUCGGAACAGGCAAUAUCAGCUGUGAACUAUUGCGUGUGAUAUCGACAAGAAGUAGCCUGACCCUGGCUAGGUCAGGUGGGCAAAGCGAUAGUUGAUGGUGGAGAGAGGGACGGAAGAGGGCAGGUAAGGAGAUUACGGAGAGGCUGUUAGAUGGAGAUAAGUAGAUGGAGAACAGUGACGAGCUUGAGAAUCAGAGAGAGGAGAUGCAUUCUGGAGUGUAUAUCACGAGAGAGCCUAAGAUAUCAAGAGAACGAGUGUGAGAUACAGAGAUAAUGAUACAGAGAGAUUAUCUGCAAUGUGUGUACAAUUAAAUAUCUUGUUUUUUGUUCUUAUAUCGAUGAAUUCGCAAAUAAUUCCGCUCGGCUAAACCUCUGUUGCAACUCUGAGCCCGAGGAAAUAAAAACACGGAGAGAGAGAGGGAGUGACACAGACACAGAAUACAAAGCAGAGAUCCCACCGCAUGAGCCUGGAUACUGUCACGGCAAAGGAGUCUCCUCUGUUUCUGUCAACCUGAGCGCUGGCACUGAACAAAAUGUGUACAGUUGGGAACAUCGCCAUCACAAUCUUCCCACUAAUACACAGGGCCUGUCAAUUUGAAGGUAGUCCACUCUAGUUUGAGAAAACACUGCAUAUUUAUGGAACGAGUCAAUGAUUUGACACGAACAACAGCAAAAAAGUGAACGCACCGUUCGUCCAAGUGCAUCCGCUUCACAAGCGGAUGUUAAAGAGAUCCCCUGACGGUAUUCGAAAACGAGCCUGCAAUUUUGCGUGCUGGCAUCGCGGUCGAAGUGAGCGAAAUUCGAAGAGAAAAAAAUCCCACCGCGAAUCACUCGUUCGGGAUUACACUUUGGCCAAUCAUCGCUCCCUACUGGGAGACUAACGAUCCCAAAGGGGCAGCUGACCGAUGGAUGGCGGUGGGGUGGGGGGCACCCUUUCAAAUGUGUUUGAGAGAUUAGAUGUACACGUCGCCUGUCGCGUGUGAAGUGGGCCGACAUCGGCGUAAGAAGCAGGGUCUCGGCUUUUUAUCAAAAACGAAUCAUUUACCCUCACGUCUUUUACGGUACCUCGUCAAUUGUGGAACUGCCUAUGCCCUAAGCAUUAGAUGACCAAUUAAAUGUGCGUUGUUCAUGGAUAAUGUCCUGUGAGAAAGGCACAUUCCUCCUGAAUCCCCUCUGCUGUAGACACUGCUGCACACACCGCGCCAUCACUGUAUACACGUGCCCCCCCCCCCUCACAAUGUAGAGAUGACCCCCCUCUCCCACCCACAACAUUGUCUUCAGUGCCCCCUUCCCCCCACAAUGUAGAGAUGACCCCCUUCCCACCCACAACGUCAUCUCCAGUGUCGCACGAGUGACACCCCCGCCCCCCCCCCCUUCUCGCUCCCACGUGCAAACUUCUUCUACGCGCGCACGUGCUCCUGCUGUGCGCCAAUGGUGUAGUGGCGCGCGUGCCCGUGUGUGUGUGUGCGGGCACGUCGUGUUCACUCUCUCAAGCACUUCCCCGUUCCAUUUUGGGCCGUGUUUGUGUCUCCCGAAGAUACGGCCGUGUUUUUUGUUGUUAAUGCUUUGUAAACUCCCUUCAUCCCCACCACCCCCGACCGUGCUGUAUAACUGUAGCGAGUUUGCUGUUCCAGAUCCAAUGUGUUUCGUGCCAAAAAGGGACAGAGAACGAUCCCCUCCGUCCACCGCGGUCGUCCCUGUAAAACCCACAGCAUCUCCUCUGUCCUGAAAUCACCACUCCGCUUGACCUCAAGGUGCAUCUAGCCUGGCUACGAGCACUGCGGUGGCAUGAACCGCCACUCAUUGGCUACUGCUGCUGCUGCUGUUCUCGUGAGAAGGCCCACACAGACUUGGGCCUGUGACUCCCAGGCCUCCUUGGUUAGGCCUCGCGAAUCCAUUCGGAGGCCGCGACUGUGGAAGGGCCACGCUUCGUGGCCGACGCUCCCUAUAAGGUUGAAGAAUUUACCUCGCGGUUUGGUUACCGUGAGUAAGAUAUACUUUCAGAGUCAUUUUGAUCAGUUCUCUACAAUCUCUCCCGCUAACUCAUGGGGGGGGGGGGGUUGCAGUAGCUUGAGCCUUAAAUUUUAACUGCAAUGUUACUUUAAACUACUGCACUGCAUAGAUAAUUGGUACGACCGUGCAGAAAAACGUGGGUCUUACAAACCCGGGGGUUUCUUUCAAAAUCGCGCUACACUAUUUAGAUUACAAAAGACAUGGAAAAACAAGCGCUGCAUUUUUGCGGUACUCGCUACCGAAUGCCCACUCAUGGACCUCGAUGGUCACUUGACCACUCCUCUGCAUGCGCAUCAGCGAAUUUCUGUCAGGCGGACUCAAGUCGUGCAGCAAACUAUCAGUACGCGUUUAAUUUCAGUGGCAUGCAUGGUUAAUGGUUUUAAAUACGCAAAACACUCGGUACACAGCUUAUCUGGAGCACUAGUCCGUGCCCUCGGAGCACCAGAUCCGCACACCCCCCACCACCACUCAAAGUCGCUAAGGACCCAGCUUGCGGGUCAGAGGUCAGAGUUUAGAGCCAAGCGCCCGAGUGUUAAACAGACGUGCCCCUUGGCCUACACGUUACUAAACGUCCAUUUUGACUGGCGUGGUUUUAAGCGGCGGUAACAGCUUUCGAGUGUGCAGGCGAUGCAACUGCACCGAGAGCCACGAGCCUUUGGGUUGACAGGCGCCGGUCUACGAAGAGUGGGAGAGGUGGGGGGUAAAUUGAAAAGGGGGUCUCAUUUCAUUCCUUGCACACCACGCCACUGGGUAGGAAUGAUGAAUGGCUGUGCAGAGGGAGAGCCCAUUUAGUGCAGGUACAGUAGUGGUGGGGCAGUUGAUGCUCAUCGUGUGGAUCUAGGCAUGCUUCUUUGAAGGAGUUGGAGAUGUUGAUGUAAACAACAAUAUUGGCUGCACGAGAACACCUGUUGCGAUGCUUUGUGUCACUGAGCACUGAACCCUCGGCCCUCUCUGUCAGCACUUCGGUGGUGGCGGAGAGGGCGGAGGAAUCCCCAGAUCUGGGCAGUGUGCAGAUGGUCAGCUCCGGGUUUGGCAGCUGAGGGUUUCAGUUGAGCGGCAUUAUCAUUUCAUCGGCUGCGUAAUGAUGUGUAGAAGCUCCCUGGCCUCUCACUCGACAAGGUCCAGGCCAUCUCAGAAACAAUCGCGCCCUCUCUCUGCGUGUGAAUGUGGACACCUUGACAGGAACACCCGCGAUAGAUUUAUGCAUUCAUGCAGGCCUGCCUAUGACCCAUUCUGGGGUAAUCCAGCCAGAUUGGACUGUGUGAGGAGCUCAUCGUUCCUUGAAAUAUCUGGACAGUCCCAUCAGUGAGCUUCAAACAAAGAUGCAUUGGCUGGGUCAUGUAGUUUCACUGCAUGCCCCAGCAGCUUCUGCUUAACCAGAUAGAGGGGACUAAGCAGUACGAGCUCGAGAAGAAGACGGGCCGAUGUGGUACAGGAAGUAAUACCCCGGUUUACGUUGGGGAUGUGUUCCUAGAAGUGUGCGACGAAUAUCGAAACGAUGUCAAUCAAAGCAAUUUCUCCACCACAGCUAAACAAAGACAACGGAGGCUAUUGGCGAAGCUCUGCAUCUUCAUCCUAGACGUACCCAGAACGUUCCAUUACAUUACAAAACAUAUUGUAUUCAACACUAGUGCACAGCAGUAAACUUUAACACAAAUGAUGCAGGGUACAAUAAGUUACAGUCCGCUAUAAAAUCACCAAAAUACUGCACGUAAAUAUAUUGUUACUCUACAGCGCAUUUCUUUAUGCGCAAUGCAAAGUAGUUGGUGUAGAGGGUUUAUAGGUGGAGACGAACGCUGAGAGGCGACGGAUACGAGAAAGGAUGGAUGACGCUGUCAGCGACGUAAGUGUGGGAUGAGGCGACGGAAAUCGGGUCGUGGCGUUAAUAAAGCGACAGCGUAUUUGCGAAACGACGUAAAAUGGGGAGACGUAAAUCGGGGUAUUACUGCACCAGAUUUCAAUUGACAGUAUCUGUGGAGUAGGCUAACGAAGGAAGUUACUGGGCACUUGGAGGCAGCCGGCCUCCAGCAACAACACAGCGGGCGGAAGAGGCUCGCAAAAAUGAGCAGAAUUGUAUCAUUGAUGCCUUCUGAGUCUUGUCCCGUGUCCACCCAUCAGGUGGCCUUCACAAUUCCAUCAGACGAGCAGAAUCAGAAUCUGUAUAGUGGAGUAAUCCGAUGAGCUAGAAAGCUCUUUUUCACAGAUGUCCAGUACGAGCGGGUCAGAAAGUUACAACGAACGAUACAAAAACACGAUUUCUUUUUUUUAUUUUACCAGGUAAGGCCCACUAAGCUAUUAGCUUAUUUUUCAGAAGCGACCUGGCCACAAAUGAUAGCUCAACGGAGUGGCUUGUCGCGUGGAAAUUGAGCCCUCUACACUCCACGUGGCCUCCGAAUGAACCAAGCUUGGCACCGGCUCCCACGCUGAUGUCACCGCGACCACCACCACCACCACCGAGGGGUGGCUGUUGCUGUUGUUAUUCGUGCCCAUGAGUCCAACAUCAUAAUUCAUACCGCCGUGUUUGCAUCGAGUCUUGCUGGGCUGUGGUUUCACUUAUUGUGUUGUUAUAAUUAUUAUGUUGGGAGGGGAGGGAUUUG